GAAUACUUGGCUGGUUUCUCUGUGUAUGAUCUAAAUCUAUGGUAGGACAUUUUCAACUGCAGUUUUAAGAGAAUGUCAGACUUCGGACAAUUUGAUAUAGAUUUUUACAAAUCAAAUUACCCUCCAGAUAACCAAGAGCAAGAUUAUAGUGAGUCUGGAGACACCAGCUAUGUCUAUGGAAGCAAAAGAGGUUGGAUGGGGGCCAUGCCCCAGUCUGAAGCCUUUGCCUCUCCAGGAACGCUUUCAUCUUCUCAGCCGUACACUGGCCAAAUCUUUCAACCAGCACAUGCUUCUGAGUUUCUAUCAAAUACUGUUUAUUCUGACAGCUUUGAUGAAGAACCUCCAUUGCUAGAAGAACUAGGGAUCAACUUUGAUCACAUCUGGCAAAAAACGCUAACAGUCCUAAAUCCAAUGAAGCCAGCAGAUGGCAGCAUUAUGAAUGAGACAGACCUGACAGGGCCUAUGGUUUUCUGUUUGGCCCUCGGAGGAACCCUGCUUCUGGCAGGAAAAGUUCACUUUGGCUACGUUUAUGGCAUGAGUGCAAUUGGGUGCAUAGCAAUCCAUGCUUUGCUGAACCUGAUGAGCAUAGCCAGUGUUUCCUAUGGAUGUGUAGCAAGCGUCCUGGGUUACUGCCUGCUGCCGAUGGUGAUCCUGUCCACCUAUGCUGUCUUUUUCUCUCUGCAGGGAAGUCUAGGAACUGUGCUAGCUCUGAUUAUCAUUGGAUGGUGCAGCCUCUCAGCCUCCAAAAUAUUCACUUCUGCUUUGGCAAUGGAAGGUCAGCAGUUCCUGGUUGCCUAUCCUUGUGCUUUACUCUACGGUCUUUUUGCACUGAUGACGGUUUUCUGAACUUUGGCCUUUCUGCCCCAUCUCUGUAUCUAGCUGCACAAAUCAAGACAAUGACUAGAUGAACUCUCAGAGGUGCUCCCAGUGUACGUUCGGAAUAAGAAUUUGUCUCAUACAUAAGGCUUGAUGUAUUGCACUUUUUUCUCUGAAUGUUUCUCUUUGACUGUUUAGGUGAUGUUCUACACACAUGCAAUCAGUCACAGGAUUGUUGUUUCACCAUGUUGUUCUCAAGGAACACGCACAAAACAUUUAGAACAUGAGGGCACCAGGAUGGAGAAGGCUGUUGUACACCAUUACUAAUGGCAGCAAUCAUAUAUUCCAUGCAGCAAGGGGGCUAGGCUUUUGCAAACAACACAUUAUUGCACAUGCCCUAAUGCUUUUUUGCAGCAGAGUGAAUCAACAUUCUAUGAGACAAUUCAAAAAAUGUGGGCAGCCCAAAUUUUAAAAAAAUGUACUUUUGAAACUGAAGUUUGAAUCUGCACCAUAUUUGGCACAGAUGUAACAGACAGUGUGUUCUUUCUCUGUGCCAAAUAUGGAAAAGAUUGCACAAAGGAAUUUUAAGUUAUGAUUUUUAAAAAGUAAAAUUAUUUCUCCUCUAUUCAGAAAUAAGUGAAUCUAAAUGCCCCCAGAUUUAAACAGCUCAUGAAAAUUGAAAAGACCAAUCUUGCUUAUAUUGAAAAAGAAUGGUUGGCCCCACCCCAUUUUUUGAAUUUUUGGAAGGGCUGCAGGAGCUAAAAUACAGAUCCUCAAAAAAGGUCUUUCAAAAGGGAAAACCAACCACUUUGUUGUUAGACUGAGUAUGUGUGGGGCAUGCUUACCAGCUACAACAUUGCAAAGUAGGUACAAUGUUGCAACUUCAUGUAGGACAACGUAAAGGUAACAGAAACAGAGUAAAAAGACAGGUUUUCUUUAAAGAGUGAAAACCACAGAGUUGCUUUAGAGCAAGUAAUGGGGAGACAGUUCUCAAAAAAUACAUUUUGCCAUGUAUGUCCUGGGAAUUUGCAUACAAUUUUGUAAGGCAUAUUCAAAGUAUUUUUGCAUUACAGAAUCACAGAGCAGUUAUGUUUUUCCCAGCCCUGAGGGCUUUCAGUAAACAAUAUCUCAGGAUUUCUGAAACUAGGUUCCUGAUGUAGGUCUUCAAAGGGGAAAUCAUCUCCAGGACUCAGGUAAUUUGAAAUUUUGACCAUGUCAGUCAGGGCCCAUUUAAUUCACUCUUAGGAGGAGAACAUUUAACAUCCUUCCUGGCCAAGCAUGCAUUUGUGCUUGGAAAGGAAUUCUGAGUUAAAUUGUAAAAAUAUUUUAAAAGAUAUUUUGAAAAGAAUAGAGAACAAAAAUUCAGAAGUUGUG